ACACUACAACCUUUCAUCUCAGAACCAAACCAUAUCAUGUUUUAUCUGCUCCCUGUCGGCCACGAGCACUGCGUCACGCUCAAGGAUGAGCUGAAGAAGGAUAGCCUCAUCGUCUUCCGGUCCGACAAAUAUCGUUUCAAGAAGGACUGUCACCCCGACACCGACCACAGCUGUGUCCGCCUUUAUGAUUGCAAGGAAAACAUCGUUUUGCACAUCGGCUUCCGUCGCGGCCAGAACAAGAUCGUCUUCAACAGCAAGACCGCCAAGGGCGCCUGGGGCGCGGAGGAGAGUUGCGCUCUCGACGGCGCGUUCAAGGGCGAGGACGUCACGAUCACGGUCUAUGAUCAUGGCGAUCACUUCCAGAUCCUCUGCGACUAUCGCACCGUCCACUACUACAAGAAGCAAUGCAACGAGAACAUCAAAGUCAUAUCGUACGACGCUAACGACGGCAAUGACCCCGUGUUCUCGGGCACUCUUGCGUUGGACACUUAUGCGUCUUUCGCUAAGUUUGUCCCCUGCGAUGACUAG